AUGUUGAUCGCAGAUCAACAAAAUGGAUCGCAGGUGUUCGAGGAAGCUGAUGCUCGAAGCGCGGGAAAAUGGCGGGGAGAGGCUGGCCUCUUGUCGACCCCACCAAACGGAUAUUUUCCCCAACAGAACGUUGGUGCAAUUAAAUUCGAAGUUCCAAAAGUGCCUGUCAUAUUUGUACUUGGUGGACCUGGUAGUGGAAAGGUGACACAUUGUGAUAAUCUGAUGCAAGAGAAAAAGGGCAUAACGCAUAUCAACAUGAUGGAUCUUCUACAACAAUACGCUCUAGGAAAUGAUCAAAAUCGUGAAUGGCGUGAUUCUCGUGUCCUGGAGGCAGGAGAUUCUCGAAAGGCAAAUCGAUUUUGGAGCACAACUUGGACAAGUAGUGAUCGAACUAGCAAGGAUGGAACUUUAUAAUUUUUAUAGGAACGUUAUGCCCGUCGCGGAAUAUUUCGAUCAAAGCGGAAUGUUAAUAGAGGUGAACGGAGAAAGAAAUCCAAGCGAGGUUUACGUCGAUUUUCGCGAAGCGGUUUACAAAAUUCUUGGCUUGUCGAGCGGCGAAGUGCAAGAAAAAAAUGUUCCCCAACCGUUAGAAGCAGAAGUAGAAGUUGAGAGAAGGAAAGAAUCUAUUCCAAAAUCAUCGUCUCCUAGGAAAGAAGCGAUGGCUGAAACGCAAGUACCCGACCAGAUGAACCUAAACCCUGUAAAAACCGCGGACAAACCCAGAAAAGGGCUACCUGCGUUCAUCUGGGUUAUAGGUGGCCCGGGGAGCAACAAAGAGAACUUAUGCACCCAGGCCAUUCGCAACAUGCCAGGUUGGAUUCAAGUCAGCAUCGGUGGAUUGCUUAGAACGACGGCAUCGUCGAACACCAUCGUCAACGAUGCCAUCGUUUCUGGAGAAAUGGUCCCGCAGGACAUUGUAAUGCAAGUAGUGGAACAACAGAUUAUGCUGAACCGCGACACAGAUGGUAUAAUAAUUGACGGUUAUCCGAGGGACCUGAAUCAAGUACAAGAAUUUGAGAACAAGUUUGGCCAGCAACCACCGUUGGUAUUACUGGACUGUUCGAAAUUGCAACUUGGGAGAGGAAGAAUAGAUGACAACGUUUCUGCAUUUAGGAAGAGGCUGGAACUCUUUCGCGAAGUAUCUUUACCUAUGUUGAAAACUUUGGAUAACGAAAAUCGCUUGACGAUUAUCGACGGCGACACCGACGUACCAAGCGUGCAACAAGAAUUUUCCGCUGCACUUUACCAAUUAACGACGCGAACGCGCCGCAAAGAGGAAAAUGAUGUACAGAGCCCUAAACUGGAUGUAACGCGAGAAAAUGGGAACAACGCGAAAUUGAACACGACGGUCCCUGACAAUAGGGAUCAGCCGAUCGUACCAAACGGCGUUUCUAAGCAGAUGAUCGAUGGUAAAUUAAAUCAUGUCAAGGAAGCACUUACUGCUAAGAAGAAUAUAAAUGGAAUCAGCAUACAAGGGGCAGCACGAAUUGCAAACGGAUUGAAGAACACCGCGAGACAGGCUCAAAAGAACGGCGCUGCUCGUAUGCAAAAUGGCAUUGCAAACGGUACCGCGCACAUGUUGCAAAACGGCGUGGCACAUCUGGCCAACGGGAUUAUAUCGGGCAACAACAAGGUUGCACCGACGGUCCAAAAUUAUUUGCCGAACAAUACGAAGGACGCCGUGAGGAAAAUGUACAACGAGGUCGAAGGUUACCAAGAAAAUUUACAUAUGUAG